AACAGAGCUCCCUGAAAGGCACAACCAAUAACAUUGGCCAUAUUUGUCACAUGAUGUAGGACUCCAGUAGAGAACAUAUUUUAACUCUUUGAGCACCGCUAGGUGAAUGAGACGUUGACAGAUCUUUUUUUUUUCCAAUCGGCUUUGAUUUUCUUUACUUGAAGAGAUCAAAUUAUUGGUGGGGACAAUUUAAUAAUCGCUGGAUAUUGGUGGGGACAUGUCCCUUCCGUCCAUGCCAAAUCUACACCCUUGGAUUAGUUUAAGGAGCUAAAAGCUGUUGAUUUGUGGUUUUCUCUGUGGAUAGAAGAAGACAGUGUACCACGUGAAGGUAAAGGAUGUCUGGGAAAAGAAAGGAGCUACAGACGGCCUUAUGCCACUACAUCACAGACACCCUCACCUACAUCCACACGGUGACAGGAUUCUGUGAGGGGUUCUCUAAAUGGCUGCUGUGGACAGAGACUGAGUUAGACACCUUGAUGGAUAUCAAAGAUGGCAUUGACGCACUAGACCUGAAAAUCACACAUGUUUACAAUUCAGAGGAAAAAUGCACGGCCUUUCUGAAAUUCAUGAAGGACAAAGUAAGUGCAGAUAGCAGGCGUGAAAAGCUGGAGAAGGAGCUGACUGAAGUGUUGGAGUACGUUUUGAGAGGCCAGGAGAAACUCGAGCCUUUCUUGGAUGCAGUGGAGAAGCUGGCAGUCACCUCACUGCAGGUAUUUAGAGAGAACCAGGAGUUACACCUGCCUGAAGGGAUCAGACUUGAACAUAUUCAGUCUGUCAUCAGUGCUGCACAACAAAUCUGCCCUCUGCUGCUGGAGUUUAAAAGAGAUUCAAAAGUCUUCUUUCUCCCCAAACUUGAGAAUGUGGAUGUGCUGGCAUAUCAGCUGGACAGAUAUAUAGUGACCUCCCAGGAAAUCCAUGAGAAGCUGGAGGAAAGUACCAUAAAUAAUAUCUGGCUGAAGAGCACAAAGGCUGUGGUAGACUUGAAUGUGGAUUUGUCUGAGGCUGGCAUAGAAAGUAUGCUUCAUCAUAUUUAUCUGCUUAAAGAAAUCAGGAUGGACCCAAACUUCCGGAUGGUGUUUUUAUUCCAGGAAAAGUCCUGUUCUGACUUCAUCAAAGUGGUCCAAAACCGACAGCCGGAUAUGCUGAAGUUCCUAGAAGACCUGGAGCAGUGUGCUGUACAGUUAGAUAGAAUGAAUAAGGGAGCAAAAAUCUCUAGCAUAACAGGCAGCUCAGUGGGAGCGGUUGGAGGUGUGCUGUCCAUUGUUGGUUUGGCGUUAAGUCCUGUAACAGCAGGCGCAUCUCUGGGUCUGUUAAUAGGUGGGACAGUAAUGGGAAUCUUGAGUGGAACCAACAGUGCUGUGACCACAUUCACAGAGAUGAGAGUUAAAAGAAGAGAAAAAAACAAAGCCAAUAAAGUCUUUCAGAAGUUCAUGAAAGAUGUGCAAAAUAUUAAGAAUUGUCUGGGAAAGGUGAUCAGUCAACCAACUGAUAACAUAGAAGUGGGUUUUUAUAAAAAUAUGUGCAUGGGAUUUGGAAAAGUUGGGUCAGUUGGAAAGAAGAUACGCACCCUGGUUAAAGAUGCUUCGAAUGUUAAAUUGGUAAAAUCUAAAAACCUGGUUACAGGUUCUGGCAAGAAAACAUUCAAAGGGUCUCUUGCUCUCUCUAAGGCAGGCAGAGCUAGUGCCAUUGCACUAAAUGCUUUCUUUCUAGGCAUGGACAUCAUCUCCAUUUGUCAAGAAAGCAUCAGUCUGGGUAAAGCCAACAAAACUAAAACCUCGCAGUUCAUCAGCGCCAGAGCUUCACUUUGGAAGUCAGAGAUGAAGUCAUGGCAAAACAUCUGUGACUCUCUGAAUGAAGGUCUGAAGACAUCAGACAAAAAGAAAGCUUUCCUAGAGAUGCCUUUUUAUCCAGAAAUGAAAAGACAAGUACAGAAAAAACAGUCUGUGUCUUUUGUGGAAAUGAAUGAAAAAGAGAGAGAAAUUAUGCACAAUAGACAGUCUGUAUCUUUUGAGAACAAACAAAGAGGCAGCAAACUGAAACUCAAAAGAGAGAUUUCUUUAUUUAUUGUCGUCCUAGGCUUAUUAGGGUGUGCUGCAUGGCUCUGUGGUACAUUUACCAAGAGUACUUAAGUUGACAUCGAGGAGUACGAAAGUGUGCCACUUUAUCUUUGGUUUUUGUGGCUAAUGUGGACUUGUGUGGAAAUUCUGACCAAUUUCUUGAGCUAUACUCUCUUUUGUCAGGAUCAAAGUUUUGCUAACAUCUUUCUUGUUGCUCUCAGAAAUAUCAGCGUAGCAAUAUUAAUUUAGACUUUGUAAUAGUUUGUUUUGCUUAUGAUUCUGCCUUCUCCAAUUCUUAUUUUCCCCCACAACAUUUUCUUCAUUGGAAUGUAACAGUAGUACGGUGUGGGGAUCAAUGGACAGACUCAUUGUGUAACUGUUUGCUGAUUCAGAUCCAUGUUAGGUGGUCAAACCAUAUAUGAAAUAAAGCCUGUACUCUUUUCAGCAGUCAGUGCAAUUUAGCUUUUAGCUGAUUGUUAAUUAGCUUUAGACCUCUCAAUUUACAAAUCCUGAUUUCCUAGAAAUUAUUAAUCAUAUUUUGUAUGUCAUAUGGAUACCCUGUCAAGCAUACCAGUUGUGAGAUUAUUUCAUAUAUCAGUUAUUAAUGUUUUGAUGCAUGCUCAAUCAUCCAGGUAAGGAAAUU